UCGAACACAUUCACUCAUUCACACACUGACACGGUCGUGCACACAAGCGCAUGCUUCUGCCCACUGCCACACAGACUGCGCUGGCAUCUCGGAGGGCAGCCCCAUCUCCAGUCCAGUCCUGGGUGUCGAAGCUGAUCGAUUCCUCUCUACCUGACCUCUGAGACGGAGCCUCCCCUGCUCUGCAGCCUCCCUGUGGACCGAACUCAACAUCUCAGGGUCGUCAUUCACAUCUCCAGGCAUCUCAGCUGAUCUACACAAGCAAAGGAGCAGUAACACUAACCUGUGGACCAAGGGGAGCAACAACUUCAUCUGAGGAUACCUGUCCUUGUCUGACCCAAGCUGAACUCAACGACAUCAUCCCCUGAAGGCUGAGGAACGUGCAGUGGAGCACAUAAUUUCCAGUACUGUAGACUGCGACAUUUCAUUGUGGGACUAUAAGCGGCCCCUUUGCAACAAGCAGAGACUGAAAUAAAAGAAAGACAAAUCCAUCUGAUUCAAACAAACACCUUCCAACAUGGCAACCACGGGCAUGCAGUUGCUGGGCCUAAUCCUGUCCCUUGUGGGGUGGGUGGGUGGGGCGAUAGUCUGUGCCAUCCCCCUGUGGCGAGUCACUGCCUUCAUCGGUAACAACAUAGUGACGGCUCAGAUCAUUUGGGAAGGCCUCUGGAUGAAUUGCAUUGUGCAGAGCACAGGUCAGAUCCAGUGUAAAGUUUAUGACAGCUUGCUGGCUCUGCCCAGUGACAUGCAGGCUGCCCGAGGCCUCACUGUGUUCUCCAUCCUGAUCUGCGGUCUGGCUCUGACACUGGGGGUCCUGGGAGUCAAGUGCACCAAGUGCAUCGGUGUAAACAGCGUCAAGGCCCGUAUCGCUCGCAUCUCUGGCGCUCUUUUUGCCAUCGCAGGCUUCCUCUACCUUGUGCCCGUCUGCUGGACGGCCCACUCCAUCAUCAGGGAUUUCUAUGACCCGCAUGUGGCGGCCCCACACAAGCGUGAGCUCGGCCCUGCCCUGUACAUCGGCUGGGGGGCUUCAGCCUUGCUCCUCAUUGGGGGAUCUCUGCUCUAUGCUGGGUCAAGUCCCCCUGGCAUGCCGGGCUCUCCCACCUUCAGCAGUGGAGAAAGUAGUCCUCGCAGGGCACCUGCCUCACAAGUCAAAGGCUAUGUUUAAGCUUCCAAAAUGUCUGAAUGGCUCCAAGUCUCACAGAUACUCCCCAAACAAACCUGAUUCAUCUCCUUUUGAUUUUGCUCCUUGUAAUUAUUUUAUAUUUAAUGUUAUUCCAGUUAGCUUUUUUCUCUGAAAAGCCACAGGAGGCUGUUUAGGGAAAACUGAACUCAUUUUAUUAUUUCAUACCUGAUAUCCUUCAAUAACCUUGUUCUCUGUCUGUCAGUGUAAAAUACAAUAAAAGUUUUGGUCCUCCAAAUAUCCUCUGCUGAGGGAAA